AUGGAAAUCUUUAGAAAAUAUGCUAAUGCUCAGAAAUAUAUCACACUACCAAAGUUUCUUGAGUUUCUUCAUAGAGAACAGUGUGAGUCUUCUUACGACAAACACGUUGCCAGCGAUCUAAUCACAACGUAUGAGCCCAUUAUGGAAGCCUUGAAAAAUAAGUGCAUGACAAUGGAGGGAUUUGCAAGAUUUAUGAGCUCACCCAAUGCCGAUAUAUUUAGUAAGGAGCACAGAGUAACUUACCAAGAUAUGACUCUGCCUCUGUCUAAUUACUUUAUCUCCACCUCGCACAAUACUUACCUGACAUCUGACCAGCUGGUAGGGCAGAGUGACAUCAUGGGAUAUGCCAGUGCUCUCCUAAGAGGCUGCCGAUGUAUUGAAAUUGAUUGCUGGGAUGGGCCAGACGGAGAUCCAAUUGUCUAUCACGGAUACACGUUAACAAGCAAACUGCUCUUUAAGACGGUCAUCAGCGCCAUAGAGGAAUGCGCCUUUGUGGCAUCUCACUACCCGGUUAUUCUGUCUCUGGAGAAUCACUGCUCACCUAGGCAACAGGACCUUAUGGCGUUUUAUUUAACUCGCAUCCUGAACGAUAAGUUGCUCUCUGAGACCAUUGGGAACUCCGGCCAUUUGCCUUCCCCUGAGGAACUGAAGUAUAAAAUAUUAAUAAAAAAUAAAAAACUUGCAGAGCUACGAGGGAAGUUUGAUAACCGUGUCACAGGCGCGGAGGUUGCAGAAUUUACGGAUUACGAUGAUUAUGAAUCUGCCGAAGAGGAAAUUCCUGAAACACCAAGUAAAAAAAGUAUCUUCUCCAAACUCAACCCAUUAAAGAAAAGCGAUGAGCCCAGAAACAAAAUGAAGGUGCAGAAGAGGGUUUUGUCCAAGGAACUCUCAGACCUCGUCAUUUACACAAAAUCUGAGAAAUUUGUGAGUUUUCAGCACUCGAGAGAACAGCAGCAGUUCUAUGAAAACAAUUCCCUAUCUGAGAAACAGGCACGGAAACUCGCAAGAGAGUCAGCUCAUGAUUUCAUCCAUCACACCAUGAAUUUUAUUACUAGAAUUUACCCUAAAGGCCUCAGAGCAGCUUCUUCCAACUUCAAUCCACAGGAAUUUUGGAAUGUGGGUUGUCAGAUGGUGGCUUUAAACUUCCAGACGCCGGGGUUACCUAUGGAUUUGCUAAGAGGGAAAUUCCUGGACAAUGGAGGUUGCGGAUUUGUUAUAAAACCAGAAUGCCUGCGAGAUAGAAAGUGCAGGUUUAAUCCCUAUGACGUUUCACGUACCCCAGCGACACUCUCUGUCACGAUAAUCAGCGGGUUCCAGUUACCGCCCUGCAGCCUCUCUAUGGCCAGCACUAACCCGGUGGUGUCGGUUGAGAUAUUCGGUGUCCCAGCUGAUCAGGCAAUGAAACAAACUGAUGUGAAGAAAUGUGACGCAUUUAACCCACAGUGGAACGAAACUCUGACAUUCCAGGUGCAUAUCCCUGAGCUGGCGAUGGUUCGGUUUUGUGUAGAAGAUCAGAUCUCUCUUUUCUCAAACGAAUUCCUUGGCCAAUACACGCUGCCUUUUACAAGUCUCACUAAAGGUAAAAAACUGAGUGAAAGAGAAAGGAACACAGGGACGACCGCUGUUCUUAUGUGUCAUUAUGAGCAUUAUGUAUUCGAGACUCCAGCUAAAAACUCUGCGGGGAUAAUUCCUAUCAUAUCUAGCUGCUUAGGAAUAAAACUAAUUGGACUCUAUGGGUAA